GAUGAGAACGGUAAACGAUUAUUACAUGAAGCCUUUUUAUCACGCCGUGUGCUACUUCAGUGGCUGCAUGACUUGCCUCAUCGUGGCUGACUUCAGAAAGCGCAAGAUUUCCAAGACCUUUCAGCUCGCAGGCUGGUGCGUAUCUGUCAGUUGCGCCCUCUUCUCUGUAUUCGUGAAGCUUCCAUGGUACUUAAAGGAGAAUCCCACCUCAAACGACAUAGAGAUAGUCGUGGCCUUCUUCGACAGAAUACUAUGGUCCAUCUCUAUUGCUUGGCUCACGCUGGCAUGUUCGACGGGUCUAGGUGGUCCUGUGAGCAAGUUGCUCUCUUGGAAUGCAUUUGUGCCGUUAAGCAAGCUCACGUACGGUGUGUAUUUGAUCCACCUGCCCUUGUUCGAAUUGAUGAUGCACUCAUCAAGAGAACGAGUCGACUUUUCAGAGUUUAACCGGGCCACAGUUUUCUUCGGGGUGCUCCUGUGGUGCUACGUGCUGUCGUACUUCGCAUUCAUCACGUGCGAGGCACCGACUAAAGCGCUCGACAAGCUGGUUUUCGGCAGGCUGAUCAGAGGUGGCAGCUCCCUGAAGCACGAACAUCAAGAGCUCCUCGAAGACAGCAACUUGAAGAAGGAGAGUCGUGGGGGAGAGAACAACGAAAUGUCUUUACGCUAACUGAAAUUUCUUUGCGAAAUUUCUUUACGUGUUGAUUGGUGCACGCUUGUGGGCAUCCACCUUUGAGGUGAGACUGCCAAUGCUUUCUAAUGUUGGGUCCGACUGUGGUAAAAUCGGGCACAACUUUACAAAGUUGUUACAAAGGAGUGCUGCAAAGUGGUAGGUAGCAGAAAAUUCUUUCCUAGCAGUGGCGGCGGUGUAGGCGGUGGUGUAGGAGGUGGGAGUAGAGGAGAGCGGAUGUAUUGGUGGCACAGCGGAGCCAGUGCCGAGAGUCGCUGCGGUGACGCCAGGUGAGCGUACCUCAGUGUCCGUGGGAUAGGUCACGUGCUUUCCGGACAUGGAUAUUGCGGACGCCGGCCGAGUGCACCUUUCGCCAAUCUAGCCAGGCAAAGCUUUCGCGUUGAAAAAGCGCUUACUUUUCAGAUGGGAAGAAAGCAGACACAGGCCAACUGGUUGUACUGUGCCUACCUUUUUCACCUGUGAAAUGUUUAGGCUCUUUCUACCUUAUUAGUAAGCUAAGCGACACUGACUUUGCUAAGCAGGAGUCGAUAGAAUACUAAUAUCUAUGAAUCCGAACCAGUCAAGAUGACUUCUCCCAUAAACUCACUCGUCCACCUCAUGAAACAGAUGCUGCUUGAAAACGAUUAGUAAAACACACAUUUAGCGAAACUCUUUUGAGCUAUUAGUGUUCAUUUCUUAAGAUUCAUCGCAGGGACUCGUCUGACUCA